AUGUCAUCUCUUUGGAACGCUUUUUCCGGCGGCAACAAGCCGCAACAGAAGCAACAACAACAUCAGGAGCCCACAACGACAUUCGGGGCUCCCGCCCCCUCCUCUCUAUCCUACGACCCGACCGAGGGCCAGGGCGUCGAGUCCUUCCUGCAGAGCACCGCCUUCGCGGACCCGUCGCAGCUGCACCCGCUCGCCGGCCUCAACCGGGACACGCUCGAGUACCUGUCGCUCGAGGACUCGGCGCUGUCGGACCUGCCCGGCGGGCAGUCCGUGAUCCCGUCGCGCGGCUUCACCGAUGACCUGUGCUACGGCACCGGCACCACCUACGUCUCGGGGCUCGCGGUCGGCGGCGCCUGGGGCCUGCAGGAGGGCCUGCGCAAGUCGGCCGGCCAGCCGCCCAAGCUGCGCCUCAACGCGACGCUCAACGCAAUCACCCGCCGGGGCCCUUUCCUGGGAAACUCGGCGGGCGUGGUCGCCAUCGUGUACAACAUGUUCAACUCGCUGAUUGGGUACGCCCGCGGCAAGCACGAUGCGGCCAACUCGGUGGUCUCGGGCGUCUUGAGCGGCAUGCUAUUCAAGAGCACGCGCGGCCUGCGGCCGAUGCUCAUCUCGGGCGGCAUUGUCGGCUCUGUGGCUGCCGCCUGGACGAUUGCUCGACGAUCCCUCUUUUCGGUCCCUGAGCCCGUCCCCUCCGCCUCCACUGAGCUCGAGACGUUGUAA